AAGAUGAACUUUGUACUUCAAUAAUUUUCUUUCUACUUUACCAAUUCAUUCAAAUAUCAGAUUUAUAAGUAUAGGAAGUAGUUAGUAUUGAAAAGAUUUACCAAGAUGUUUUCAAAUUAUACUAGAACUCUAGGAACUCAGUUAAGAAGAUUCCAAAGCACCUUGGUAAUAGCAGAACACAAUAAUGAAACCUUAUCCCCUAUCACCCAAAAUGCCAUAACUGCUGCAAAAAAGUUAGGUGGAGAAGUAUCAGUUCUAGUAGCAGGGACAAAAUGUGGACCAGCUUCAUCUGCACUUUCAAAAGCAGGUGGUGUAUCCAAGGUUCUUGUAGCUGAAAAUGAAGCAUUUAAAGGUUUCACUGCUGAAAAUUUAACUCCAUUAAUAUUGAAUGCACAAAAACAGUUUAAAUUUACACAUAUUAUUGCUGGUGCCUCAGCAUUUGGAAAGGCUCUUUUGCCCAGAGUAGCUGCAAAGCUUGAUGUCUCUCCUGUAUCAGACAUUAUUGCUAUAAAGUCCCCUGAUACCUUUGUUAGGACUGUCUAUGCUGGUAAUGCAAUUCAGACUUUGCAAGUCACAGACCCUAUUAAAAUAUUAACAAUUAGAGGAACCAACUUUGAAGCUGCACCAUUGGAUGGUGGUUCUGCAGCUACUGAAAAUAUUCCAGCAGAUGGCUGUGCCAAUGAUCUUACUACUUUCGUUAGCCAGGAAUUGAGCAAAUCUGACAGACCUGAAUUAACAAGUGCUAAAGUAGUUGUUAGUGGAGGUCGGGGUUUGAAGUCAGGAGACAAUUUCAAACUUCUAUAUGAUCUAGCUGAUAAAUUAAAUGCUGCAGUUGGUGCUUCUCGUGCAGCUGUAGAUGCUGGAUAUGUACCAAAUGAUAUGCAAGUUGGUCAAACAGGAAAAAUUGUUGCACCUGAUCUAUACAUUGCUGUUGGUAUCUCUGGAGCCAUCCAACAUUUGGCUGGUAUGAAAGACAGCAAGACUAUAGUUGCUAUCAACAAAGACCCCGAAGCUCCAAUUUUCCAAGUUGCUGAUUAUGGACUGGUUGCUGACUUGUUUAAAGUUGUUCCUGAAUUAACUCAGAAAUUAUAAUAAAAUUUUGUAAAUACUUUUUGUAAAAUGUGCUGAAUUAGGUAAAAUAUAUUUUAUUCU